AUGUCUACACCGGGUAUGAUUGGAACCAUAGAUCAUUUUCACGUAGGAAGAUCUUUCACGAAUUAUAUAGAACGCUUUGAAAUAUUAUGUAACUUGAACAAUGUAACUCCGGAAACAAAAAAGUCUUGGUUUAUAUCGCUAAGUGGAGAUGAAGUAUUUGACGAAAUUAAGCUGCUUUUUCCUAAUCAAGAUGUUAAUUCAUUAACUUACGAUACCAUAAUAAAUAAGCUCAAAUUAAGAUUUGAUAAAACUGAACCUGCCUUAAUGCACAGAUACAAAUUCUAUAAUCGUUGUCAGGGACAAAACGAAACAGCCGAAAAUUUUGUUCUUGCUAUAAAGCUUUUAGCGGAAACUUGCAAUUUUCGUGAAUUUAAAAAUGAAGCCAUACGAGAUAAACUGAUAAUAGGGCUUAGAGAUAAAAUUUUACAACAUAAAUUGUUAAUGGAGGACGAUAUUCAGCUGGAUGCAGUGGAAAAAAUGAUUAUCAAUGACGAGCUAGCAGGACAACGGGCUCGAUUGAUUAGCGAGCAAGGCGAUAGAUCAGCAGUUUUAUCUAUUAAGAAUAGACUGGGUCGAAAAGGUGAUUGGUAUGACAGAAGAGGAAGUGAUUACAACGGCUUUAAAAAUGAUUAUGUUAGGAGAAAUAAUGACGAUCGCAGAUAUCGAUCAAGAAGUAGGAGUUGGGAACGUGGUUUUAAUCGGCAUAAACGUGAUUGGAAUGAUUAUAGUACCGCAAUAUGCAACUUUUGUAAGCGAAAAGGGCAUAUUAGGAAAAACUGCCGCCUAAUGCAUAGAGAUAACAUUAAAUUUGUAGAUCAGGAUCAGAAUAAGGAAACGGCACCAAUAGACAAAUUCGAUCGCAUGAAAUUACGUGAAUCUAGUGUUGAGUCGGACUUAAGCUGCAUGAAAAUUUCUAGUAUAAAAAAAAUCAAUGAGCCCUGCAUGAUAAAAGCUAUUAUUGAAAAUCGAAAACUGUUAAUGGAAAUCGAUACUGGGUCUGCAGUUACGGUCAUUAGUGAAAUCUUGUAUCAUCGCUUAUUCAAAUUUCUACCGAUUCUCCGUUGCGGAAAAAAAUUAGCGGUCGUUGACGGAGCCAAAUUAUGUACAGUUGGUCAAAUGCAUGUUAAUAUUGUUAUUAAUGAGAUUAAAGGUGAAGGUCAGCUUAUUAUUUUGAAAAGUGAAAAAGAUUUUACUCCUUUACUGGGCCGAGAUUGGUUGGAAAUUUUUUACCCUGCAUGGAAGAAUCAAUUUACUAGCAUUAAUAUGAUUAAAAAUUGGAAUAUAGACGAUCAACGCAAGGACGCAAUGAGUAUAAUUCAACACAAGUUUUCAAAAAUUUUUACUAAAGAUUUUUCUGAACCAAUUGUAGGCUAUGAGGCAGAUUUGAUUUUCAAACCGGAGCAGCCCAUAUUUAAACGUGCUUACCAAGUGCCAUAUAAGGUUAAAGAUAAGUUCAUGGAACAUUUAGAUAUGCUUGAGAAGCAGGAUGUAAUUACGCCGGUAAAAGCAAGUGAAUGGGCUUCCCCGGUUAUCGCGGUUCUAAAAAAAGAUGAAGAGAUUAGAAUGGUAAUAGAUUGCAAAGUUUCGUUGAAUAAAAUAUUAAUACCCAACUCCUACCCUCUUCCACUUGCUCAAGAUAUUUUUGCUACAUUAGCUGAUAGCAAAGUUUUUUGCUCGUUGGAUCUAGCAGGAGCAUAUACACAAUUAAAACUUUCUACACGUUCAAAAAAAUAUGUUGUGAUUAAUACAGUUAAGGGCUUGUAUACAUAUAAUCGUUUGCCCCAAGGGGCAUCCUCAAGUGCUGCACUCUUCCAGCAGGUCAUGGACCAAAUUUUAAGGGGACUAGAAGGGGUGUGUAGUUAUCUUGAUGAUGUUCUGGUGGCGGGUAAGACCUUUAAAGAUUGUUUCGAUAAAUUAAUGCUUGUGCUAGAAAGACUAUCAGAUGCAAAUAUAAGAGUCAAUUUCAAAAAAUGUAAAUUUUUUGUAGAAUCAUUGCAAUAUUUAGGGCAUCUCGUAACUGGUAACGGGUUAUUGCCAUCGCCUGAAAAGUUAUCAACAAUUAAAAAUGCCAAAACGCCUGAAAACGUUACGGAGUUAAAAGCUUACCUAGGGCUUAUAAAUUUUUAUAACAAGUUUAUACCAAAUAUGUCUACCAAACUAGGUACUUUAUACAAUCUUUUAAAGAAAAACGUACGUUUCGUGUGGAGCAAAGAAUGCGAUGAUGUAUUUCAAGAAAGCAAAGAGAAUCUACUGAAUGCAGAAUUACUCGAAUUUUACGAUUCAAAUAAGCCUUUGGUGGUUGUAACGGAUGCAUCUUCAUAUGGAUUGGGUGGAGUUUUGGCUCAUAAAAUGGGACAGAUAGAGAAACCUAUUUGUUUUACGUCCUUUUCUUUGAAUUGCGCUCAAAAAAAGUAUCCAAUUUUGCAUCUGGAGGCCUUGGCCUUAGUUUGCACUUUGAAGAAAUUCCACAAGUUUCUUUUCGGUCAAAAAUUCACAGUUUUUACUGAUCAUAAACCGUUGAUCGGUAUAUUUGGUAAGCAUGGUAAGCAUUCGGUAUAUGUCACCAGGUUACAACGGUAUGUUAUGGAGUUAUCAAUCUAUAAUUUUGAUAUUGAGUAUCGUCCAGCGUCUAAAAUGGGGAACGCAGAUUUUUGCAGUCGUUUCCCUUUAGAUCAGAAGGUUCCACGUAUGUUAGAUGAAGAACAAAUAAAUAGUCUAAACUUUACAAACGAUUUGCCUCUAGAUUUCGCGUGCGUUGCUAGAGAGACGCGAAAUGAUCAAUUUUUAAAGGAAAUAGCUAAGUUUACAGUCUCUGGGUGGCCAAAAGCAACAAGCAAAGAAUUUAGAAACUUUUAUGCGCAAAAGGAAAAACUGGAGGUGGUCGACGAUGUUAUUUUAUUUGAAAGUAGAGUGGUUGUUCCAAACAGCUUAAAAUCUAACAUACUUAGAUUAAUGCAUUCUAAUCAUGAAGGUAUCGUCAAAAUGAAAAAAAUUGCCAGGCGGGCAGUUUAUUGGCAAGGUAUGAAUGGUGAUAUCGAGGAGUUUGUUAAAACAUGCAAUUCAUGUGCAAAGAUGGGGGUUAUCCCUAAUCCACAUACCGAAGGUUCAUGGCUACCGACUACGCGACCUUUUAGCCGUAUCCACGCCGAUUUUUUUUACUUCAGGGGAAAAACGUUCCUAUUGGUGAUUGACAGUUACUCUAAAUGGUUGGAGGUGGAAAUUAUGUACCAUGGUACAACGGCAAAAAUGGUUAAUAGAAAGUUUGCCUCCAUUUUUGCACGUUUCGGCUUGCCAGAUGUGGUGGUCACAGAUGGAGGACCACCUUUCAGUUCACGUGAGUUUGUGAAUUUCCUCGAACGGCAAGGAAUAAAAGUUUUUAAAAGCCCUCCUUAUAACCCACAAAGCAACGGGCAAGCGGAGAGGUUGGUACGUGUAGUCAAGGAUGUGUUAAAAAAGUUUAUUUUAGAUACUCAGACGAAAUCCUUGGAUAUAGAGGAUCAAUUAAAUUUAUUUUUAAUGAACCAUAGAAAUGGUUCUCUUGGUACUGAAGGAAGGUUUCCUUCGGAGCAAGUUUUUAGCUUCAAUCCUAAAACAAUAUUGGAUUUAAUUAAUCCAAUAAAUAGUUAUAAAAGAUAUAUAGACAAGCCUCCUGAAAAUGUUAUUAACUGUGACUAUGAGGCAGUUACUCCAGUAGAUGGUCUUGACAAGUUAGUGGCAGGGGAUAGGCUGUAUUAUAAAAAUAAUAACAAAGACGUUUUGGAUAAAUGGUUGGAAGCAAGAUUAAUAAAAAAAAUAUCUAAAAAUAUUUUUCAGGUAUCGUUGGGGAGUCAUGUGCUGAUAGCCCAUAGGCACCAACUUAAGAUGCUACAUGAGCCGAAACGACAUUCCGUAGUAGUACUCGCAACGAGUAACGGCAGAGUCGGAGAAUACGAUGAGAGCAAAGGGUCUCGAGACACUACUAAGGAAAUUGAUGAACGGAGACAAAAGAGGAAGAGGUGUUACGAGCUGGCGAGGAGCCCAAUUCGAACGAGGGCCAAGGAUCGUCAAAUCAUUCGAAGCAUUUCACCGAAGAGAGCUAAAUUUUCGAUAAGUGAAAAAGAAGAAAAUUAA